AUGCCCGCUUCCCAAUUACAAACCAAAACCAGCGCAAUGGCGCACAAUACCUCACGCUCUAUGUAUAGCCCCAACGCCGGGGUGUCUAGACUCCUACCUUCAAAGUCGCGCCGAACUCAGAAAUUGGGCUUGCUCGACUACCCUGUCCUCUACCCAGAUACUGAAUUCCCGUAUAUCGACUCUCCUGCUUCGAUUCACGUCCCGGUGCUAGGUCUUGCCGCCUGUCCCGUCGAGAUCUUGCUGGACAUUUCCUCGCAUUUAGAUAUUGAUUCCAUCUUCAAUUUCUCCCUUGCUUGCAAAAUCCUGAAUGGCGUUUUCAACAAGAAUAAAAUAAUGAUCCUUUUGGAGGUCUUAUCGAAAGAAUUUAGCCCGUUCGACGAGCUCCUUCAAGUUUACACGGCAGUGGCUGAGGAUAUAAAAGGCCGCACUUAUUACCAACCUCGCAUGGUCGUAUUUAAGCGCUUCCCUGGCGACACCGGUUACACGAUCGGACCCCAGCCUGGCCACAUCCAUCACGGCGCUAACUACUCGGCGGCGAGUAGACCGGGCAUUUCAACUGUUCGCAAAGCCGCAGGUGUGGCUAGUAGUGGCGUUGCAGUGUUGGCAGAGGAUGACUUGAGGCCUAUUUUGCGCAUGUGCCGGCUGGUUCGCCAAUGGGAGCAAUUGUUUCCGCAGAUGCGAUGGUUCCAUCACCCAGAGGACUGCAGGGCCCUGAAUGAACAAGAAUUGCCCAGACUUCGGCGCGCUUUUUAUCGAUGGUGGCUCUAUGGCACCUACUUCCAUGGUGAAUGGACGCGCCCCCAAGCUGGUCACCCCAUGCCUUUUGUGCUCGAUGUGAGGACAAGCCAGAUGCGCCGCCACUCGACAGCAGAGCUAAUGGAGCUACUUGAUCUGCACGAGACUAUGAAAGAUGUUAUUCUGCACUACAUCUGCCCCCGGUUGGACCCUACGUAUCAGUUGUCGUACGAUCCUCUGCCGCUAAUGGAGCAAGUGAGCAGAGAACAUUCCCUCAACGCCAUGUGGAAUGAUCAGAGCAAAUGGGCACGAAUCGUCAAGACAUACGCCAAGCUGGGUCCUGAAGAGCUGAUGCACUACUUUGAGAAUAUCUACAGCUACACGCGAAAGCGCCUCAUUACCGAGAUUCGUCUUCAGCGUCCGACCUUCAAUCUCGAUCAAGAGUCGCUUCAGGGCGUUAUUCGAUGCGUACUUGAGGAGCGGCAGCUUGUGGAUGAUCUGCCCAUUGUUCCAGAGGACUGCGAAGGGGGCAUCUUGGACUUUCGCGGUGAGAGGGACCUGCAACGAAUCAAGUACGGGCGGGAUGGAAGGGCGGACGGCACGCUUCCGCCUGGCGUGCCACCAGUGCGCCAGCUUUCGCGGUACUCUCCGCGUGGAGAUGAUGGCGAAUAUUUGGAGGAGGAAAUGCAUAGCGUGUUUGAUGUACAUGGAUACACUGCCAUGCUGCAAGCGUAG